AUGUGGCUCGCAACUCUAUUUAACAAGAUCGUUGCAGAAGGACGGACUCCAAACGUUUGGCAAACUUCCGUGACCGUGCCUGUCUGGAAAGGGAAAGGAGACAUUGCUGACUGCACCUCGUACAGACCUAUACGAUUGCUGUUCCAUAUGAUGAAGGUUUUUGAGCGUGUCCUGGAAGCUCGUCUGAGGAAAAUUGUUAGCGUUUCACUCAACCAGUGCGGCUUUGUGAAGGACUGCAGCACUAUAGAUGCUAUCCAUGCUGUCCGAAUCCUCCUGGAGAAACAUCGAGAGAAGAGCCGCAGUGUGCAUCUUGCUUUUCUCGAUCUCGAGAAAGCUUUCGACCGUGUCCUACAUGAGCUGUUAUGA